GGGAAGGGGCGGGGCGAUCCGCGCUGGAUGAGCGCGUCCGGAGGUGGGGGGGGUACGCGGAGCGCACCGCGCACAUGGAGGGGCCAUUGCGGUUCCAGUGCCCCCCCGAGUUCGAGGCCGCGCCCCCCCCGGGCCCCUCCUUGGCCGGUGCCUCCCCUGAGCUGUGGCUCAUCCGCGCCCCCCCCGACUUCGACCCCAACAGCCUGGAGGGCUGCUCGGUGCCAUUGGACCACUACGGGCAGCUCCAGCCCCCCCCCCAUGAGGACAAUGACAACGGUGCCCAUUGCCUCUAUGGGGUGCGGGGGGCGCCGGGGGGGGCCGGCAGCCUCCUCCUCCUGUCCCCAGCGUCCCCGAGUGACCCCUUGGCCUGUGGCCCCCCCCUCCGCGGGGUCCUCACCAUCACCCGCAGCUUCGGGCCCCCCCCGGCGCCCCCCAAGAAGAAGAAGAAGAAGCUGGUGACAAAGGAGCCCCCCGAGGUGCCCCCCCCGGCGGGCAAGAGGAAGAAGAAGCACAAGCAGGAGGCAGUGGGGUGACCCCAUUGUUCUCCAUUGUCCCUGUGCCCCCCCCCCCCCACCCCGGACCCCCCCUUUGCCCCCCCUUUUUGAGGCCAUUCCAUGGAUAAAGCCCAUUUUAUU